AUGGCGAAGCGUGGCGCUACCAGCGGCAUCUACAAGGAUCCUAACAUCGGAGUAUGGGUCGUACCUGAUCAACACAUGAUGACCACAUACCAGCGUCGAAAGGCCAUCGACAAUCACAAGAGAGCUCUUCGACGUAGGCGUGCAAAGAAUCGACCUUCGUGGUUGACCCGACUGCCUACCGAACUACGCAUGAAGAUCUACGAAGCCGCUACCAUGGACUACGACUUUCGACUUGUUCUGUACCUCGAACAUUCGUCCGAAGGAACCUCUAAGGAGAGUGCACAACAAAAGGACAGCCGCUGGGAUACUGUUGAAGGCGUCCAGAGAAGGUUCUUCAUCAGAUUCGAAGGUCGAUUCCAUGCCCACGGGUUUGGCUUCGAUGUACGAGAACCGAAGUGGUCAUAUGUCCACGCAGGUCUCCUUGUUGUCAAUAAGCUCAUUCGGCAAGAGUUCAUUGAUCACCUAUCUGCUGGAGGCGUCACACUCGAGGCGCACCAACUCGGUGGGUCUUGCGGCGGCUGCGGUUGUUACAGCACCCUUGCCAGCCUGGUCCCAGAACCAUGGAGAUCGCUGGUCACCAUAUACCACGAGCCGCUCAGUGGUGUCCUGCACCAUGGCUUUCCAGCGUUGAGGUCGAUCGAGACAGUCGGCUAUCCUGAUCCCGACGUUGAGGAAUACGAUUGCAUCGAAGACCAAGAAGAGACAGUUCCUAGCGCUGAUGAUUUGCUUGAGAUGCUAAUGCGUGCUUCCUUUGAGCCAAUCGCGGAUGAUUUCGUGCGGUGGUUCGAUGACAAGAGAAGACAAGUCCACGACGAGCUUGGCAAUGUCCGUUGGGUCCGACGCAUGAAGAUUGGAUACAUCGAUGGAAUCCUCCGAUACGAGAACGAUCGCGCGCGCGACAGACGUUGUGUCCUUCGCAACUUUGCCAUGGCUAUCACGUAUCGGGGUCCCGACGGAAAAUUCUACCAUGACGUCGAAUACAGGCCAGAGGCAGAAGAGCACAUCAAUCGGUUCCUAGGCGGGGAUGUAUCGGAAUACGCGGUACACAAGCUCGAGUAUUCGGCGCUCUACUACCGAGACGGAGCGUCUGUGUGA